UAACCCCUCUCCCCCACCUCAAUAAUUCAUCAUCCUUCUCUCUCGACGAAGAACAAGCAGAAGAGGGCGAUCGAAGAAGCUUCAAGAAUGGUGGAGGUGGAUCCGGCGUUCGUGCAGGCCCCCGAGCACCGCCCCAAAUCGAGCAUCGCCGCCGCCUCGGGGAUCCCCGUCAUCGAUCUCUCCCCGCUCCUCCGCUCUCCGAUCCCCUCCGACCUCGCCGGAGCUUCGCCGGAGGCGGCGGCGGUGGUGGCGGAGGUGGCGGCGGCGUGCCGCGAGUGGGGGUUCUUCCAGGUGGUGAACCACGGGGUGCCGAUCGAGGCGGUGGAGCGCGCGGCGGCGGCGGAGCGGGCGUUCUUCGCGUCGGCGCCGGAGGAGAAGCGGCGCGUGCGGAGGAGCGAGGCGAACCCGCUGGGCUACUACGAGUCGGAGCACACCAAGAACGUCAGGGAUUGGAAGGAGGUGUUCGACUUCGUCGUGCCGGAGCCGGCGGAAACCCCCAAGGUGUUCGGGGGAUCGCUGGUGCUCAAGAACAGGUGGCCCCAGCAUCCUCUCGGAUUCAGAGAGGCGCUCGAGGAGUACAACAAAGAAGUGGAGAAACUGGCCUUUAAGCUGCUGGAGCUCAUAGCACUAAGCUUAAACUUGCCGCAAAAGCGGCUAAACGGCUUCUUCGCGGAUCAAACUAGCUUCAUCCGGCUCAACCACUACCCGCCCUGCCCGUACCCGGACCUCGCCCUCGGCGUCGGCCGCCACAAGGAUGCCGGAGCCCUCACCAUCCUCUACCAAGACGCGGUCGGUGGGCUCGACGUGAAAAGAAGGUCUGACGGCGAGUGGAUCCGGGUCAAGCCCAUUCCUAACUCCUUCAUAAUCAAUGUUGGUGAUAUCAUUCAGGUUUGGAGCAAUGAUAGGUACGAGAGCGCCGAGCAUCGAGUGUCCGUGAACUCGGAGAAGGAUAGGUUCUCCAUCCCUUUCUUCUUCAACCCCGCGAGUUACACCAAUGUGAAGCCGUUGGAAGAGCUGGUCGACGAGAGCAAUCCCGCGAAAUACAGGGAGUACAACUGGGGGGAGUUCUUUAAGACUAGGAAGGAUAGCAACUUCAAGAAGCUGGAGGUGGAGAACAUCCAAAUUUACCAUUUCAGGAACGUUGUUUGAUUAGUCACUACUCGAAUAUGUUUCAACUCCUAGUAUGAGGAGUUGAUGCAUGGGAGUUGCCCAACUUAUGUGACAUAAAUAAAGGCCGCAUUUCUCAUUUUAUGUUUGAUAUAUGUCGCACAUUAUGGUUUGGUCUCUGGAGUUGGCUACAAACUUUGCUAGUGCAUAGCAUGUUUACAUUAUAUUUGUAUAUAGUAUGUCUUAAUUAUCAUGCUUUUGGGAUAUGCUAUGUGAGGGUGUGUCUUAAUUACAUUAUUAUUAUAUAUGUAUGGGUCUCUUUAUUUAA